AUGCGUGGUGCACACCCUGAGUCCGGCCGGCCUCCGGGCGGGAGUCGGAUUCUAUUCCUUGAUCAGUCAGCAGCGCAGAGGCCGGUUUCCGCCUCCGAGCUGAGGCCCGAGAACGCGGCCUCCGUGGCGUCCAGCGGCCGCCGCGGGCCAGGCCGGAGCUUUGGUCGCCACCGCGGCCUAAAGCCCUUAGCCCCCGACCGCUGUGAUUCUGGGAAUUUCAAUACCGCUCUCCAGCCCAAGAGAAACAGCGACCUGGGCCUGGGCCCCAUUUUGGACUCCAAAAAUAGCGACUCUGACGACAGCUCCGAGGGCUUGGAGGAGAGACCACUGCCGGUCCUGAGUCUGGCCCCGGCUCCCCCACUGGCUCCGCCAUCUCCUCCCUCGCCCCCCGUGGGCCUGGACCCCUGCGCUCCCGCACCAGCGGCCGCCUCCUCCCUGCAGAAACCCAAGAUUUGGUCCCUGGCGGAGACAGCCACAAGCCCCGACAACCCGCGCCGUUCGCCGCCCAGCGCUGGCGGUGGGUCUUCCCCAGGUGCGGCCGUCGCGUCCCCGGCCCUGCAACUUUCACCGGCUGCCGCCGCGGCUCACAGACUCGUCUCGGGGCCGCUGGGCAAGUUUCCCGCUUGGACCAACCGGCCUUUCGCAGGCCCGCCGCCCGGCCCACGCCCGCACCCACUCUCCCUACUGGGCUCGGCCCCUCCGCACCUGCUGGGACUUCCCGGAGCUGCAGGCCACCCGGCCGCCGCCUUUGCUCGGCCCGCGGAGCCUGAGGGCGGAACAGAUCGCUGUAGUGCCUUGGAAAUGGAGAAAAAGUUGCUCAAGACGGCUUUCCAGCCUGUGGCCAGGCGACCCCAGAACCACCUGGACGCCGCUCUCGUCUUGUCGGCUCUCUCCUCAUCCUAGUUCUUAAAAGAAAUAACACACAUUUUAAUUGUUGUAAUAAUUGUAAAAAAAAUUUUCACUCUGUAUAGUUACAACCUGUACGCAUGUCCAUGUAUGAAUACCUGAAAAGGAAAGCUAAAGAAAAAGAAAUAAAAUAAGUGCGCCCCAGCCCUCCCAAGUCGCUUCUGUACCCCAGACUAGCUGAGUUUGUGAGGUUUGUUUGUUUGAUUUUCGGGGUGGUUGAAUUUCCAUGAGAAUAAGAGCACCUGCUUUUUUUUUUUUUUUGUAUAUACAGAGAAAUGUACAUAUGUGUGAACCAAAUUGUACAAGAAAGUAUCUAUUUUUGGCUAAAUAAAUGAGCUGUUGCCACUUUGACUAUAA